UUUUGGUCCUCCUCCUAGCUGAGCUCAGCUAGGUGCUCUCCAUCUGUUUGCGUUUCUGAGCCCAGCUUUUCACUGACAGCUGGCGAAAAUGAAGAAGUUUUUUGACGACAUUAAGAAGGACAUGAAAUUUAAGUCUGCGGGACCCGGGAAGAAGCUAACAGAAGACACCAGUUCCAAGCCUGAUGUGGUGCAGAGCAGCUCCAACGCCAAGCACAAUCGCAAUGUUCCCAGUGAAGGAGCCCAGAGGGCUGGAGCUGCAGCCCUGGCAAGGAUCGAGCAGCAGCAUCGGCCGAAGGUGCACACCUCCCAGGACGCCAUCAGGAACCAGGUUAAAAGAGAACUGGAGGCAGAGGCGGCUUCACUGGCUGAAAAAGAAAAGGCAGCAGCAGCAGAGGGAUCCAAAGUGCCAGUGAAAGAUCCCGCCUGUCUCUCCGUGUCAGGUGUGUAUUUCACCUGUCCGCUAACUGGAGCCACGUUAACUAAGAGUGAGAGGGAAGUACGCAUUAAAGAGGCUAUUUUUAUGCGGUUUGAGGAGGAUGCAAUUGAGGCCUCUGUCAUGAUGAUUUACACGUUUAACAAAGACAGAGACAAAGUGAAGGCUGCUGUGGACAUUAUAAGCAAGUAUGUUGACAAUAUUUGUAAGAACCCCACAGAAGAGAAAUACAGGAAGAUUAAACUCAGCAACAAGGUGUUUCAGGAGAAAGUUCGUUCUGUGGAGGGUAGUAGAGAGUUCCUGCAGGCUCUGGGUUUCACAAGCGUUAUGAUGCCUGUAGAGGGACAAGAGGAGGAAGAGGAGUUCCUGGUAUUACCAGAGCAAAGUCCCGACGCCCUGGAGCUGAUGAAGGAGAGGAGGGAUCGUCUUCAGAGAGGAGAGCCGGUCAGAGCUCAGCUGGACAGGCAGCCUCAAGCUUUCAGGCCUUCUCCUAAUGCACAACGCUUCGAGCUGCCGCCAGAGUUCUACAACCUGACGGCGGACGAGCUCAAGAAGGAGCAGCAGCAGAGGAGUGACUUGGUGGAGAAGAACGCCAUGCUGCGCACUAAAGCCAUGAGGGAGAGGGAGGAACAGAGGGAGCGAAGGAAAUACAACUACACUCUGCUCAGGAUCCGACUGCCUGAUGGAAACCUGCUACAGGGGACCUUUUAUGCCUGGGACCGGCUGCCUGUACUGUUUGGGUUUGUACGUGAGUCCCUGGUAGACGGCUGGCAGCCCUUUGAACUCAUCGCUCCUGGAGGUCAAAAGCUACAAGAAGACGAAGAAGUCGCUCUCGCAGAGUGUAACUUGGUCCCUGCAGCCCUGCUCACGUUUGCCUGGGAUGCAGCUGUGCAGGCUGACAUCGCAGCUGCAGGCAGAAAGAGUCCCGCCAUCCUCAAACCAGAGCUGCUGGAAACCAUUCGGACCCUGAGCUGAGCAGACGUACUCUGACCCUGAAGUCUCCCUGCUACCUCCCCUCUUUCCUUCGCACUACUGGGGUGAAAUUGCCCCUUGACUAGUGAUACACUUAUUUUUUACAAAUUCUAACUUAAGUCAGUAGCAGUGAUAGAUGAGGGGCAACUUCACCCUGAUGUGCUUGUUGCGCUGAGCGUAUCCCUCCUCCUCUCCGUGUGGGGAUAGUGUCGCCCUGCAGCCUGCCUCGGCAGCACGUUGUGUUGAAGGAAGCACUACUAACAGACGUAAGGACAAAGCGAGGGACUCGUGUUUGUCUUUUUUUUUUUUUUUUUUUUUUAGUUGCAUCCUGAAUGUAGAUGCUGUGUAGUAAACAAGACUCUGUGGCAGCCUUCGUGCUUCGUGCUCUACCCAACAGUCAGGUACACUUUACAUGGCAUGUUGAGACCUUGUUUUAACUGUGUCACCACUUCCUCGACCUUUUUCAAAAGCAUAGCAGAAAACCAAGUGGCGAAGGCAAGUAAAGCUGGUGUGAUCUGCGGCUCCUUUUGAUUCUUCAAGGCUGCUGGGUGUCCGUGGCUGUACUCGAGACUUGAAAUGCUCUCUGCUUUUGUUCGACAGUGUUCAAGGUUAACUCAGUGUGUAGUCUGAUGGUCGUCUGUUCUGAUUUGGUGUGAUAAGAGUCUGCCUCUGUUAACUGUAAACAUACUGGAGCUUCCGUUGUCCUGUUUGUCCUCUGCUCUGCUCUGCAGUGGCCUUGCACUCCCUGAUAAUAUACAACAGACUCUGUGAUUGCUUCAACAUGAGCACAAGCCCAAAUCAGAAGUUAAACACAUUUUUUCUGGAUAAUUUGAUUUACAUUCAUUUCAAAAAAAAAGGAGACAGGUAUUUUUAAUUACAGAUAACAUCCAACUGUAUAAAGUUUUGUAAGAGUGUUGACUAUGCGCUGACAACGUGAGAGCGGUUCUAAUACCAAAAUAUUUUCUUGUAUUUUACUUGUUUUACGCACUUUGAGGGAUUAUUAAAACUUUAUAAAACACUUUAGGUGUAAAGAGUACCCUAAGUUUAAAGUCAAAAAAAUAAAAAAUAAACCUCAAACAUUACAUUGUCCAAACAACUCAAGAUGUUUGGAGGUUAAUCAGAAGCUUCAUGUAAUCAACUCGCUCUGGCAUGCACAUAAUCAUGAUGAAUUACAUUUCUGUUGUUAAAACCAGCAGCAUGGACUAAUUUAAUUAUUCUUGAGUCUUGUAUUUGUUUGUAUCAAACACAUUCCCUUGCGAUAAAAAGGGAUCUUACUUUUAAACACGGUGGAACUGAAUUUAAUGAAAGCUCAAAGUUGUGACAGACUGAAGUUUUCUAACCAUCUCUUUCCCCUCAGAACAUUGUCAUUGAAGGUUAACGCAUUUAUUUUCAUGGUUGAUUUUGCUGUUCAUGAAUCUCUACCCAGUAAAUCUACAGAAUUCUCCUGCUAGUUGUUGGUUAAGAUGACAACAACCUACCUCUCAUCAUUCACUCUUCAUACAUCCCAAGUGAGUUGAAUACUAACAGAAGUAGAGCUACAAAGCUACGGGGUGGUUUCUGUUUUUUUCUUGUCAGUGUUUUUAAUUAUGUUCAACACUUUUAUGUUGUUCUAGUAUUUGGUGCACACAAAACACGUGAAAAAUAUUACCAGCUGGGUGUUAGAAAACAAGCUGAUGUCAAGUUUCCUGCACAUUUCCAGCAUUUGUAAGGCCAAAUCAGCCAUAAACGACAUUUCUGCACUCCACUCCGGUCUUCUUCAGCCUGUCCACCAGUUUCUUUGAUCAGCAUUGCAACCUCCUAAAAUAAUUAUCGAGCAGUUGUGAUCUGUCCAGAUGUUAUGCUCUUGAGUUGUGUUCUGUUGCUUUUUGACCUGCCUGUACUAAAGAUCGCUUGCACUGCAUCUAAACUUUUGUUUAAUAAACAGAAUUACGAGGCAAACCUGCUAAACUUCAA